CUGCGCCCAAGUCUUACGACACCGGGACAUGAAGUGCAAUUUAGGUAAUGCAGUAAAUCGCGGACCCAUCUGAUAACAAACCACGGUUCAUGUAGGAUAAAUACCCUAGGCCCGGCCUGAAUAGAUUCUCAUGUAUGGCAACCCAAAUCAACUUCCUCGAGCAGCCAAAAAACAACCUCCCACUUUGAUAGAGAAACGAACAUUAUCUUCCCAACUCAACCUUCGAAUUCUAUCUUCAUCUUCUAUAAAUCGAUUCGAGCGUUCAAUAUGAAGGCAUCCAUUCUUACCAUGACCGUGGCCUUUUUGGGUGCAGCAGUCUCUCAAGAAAUCUUCCGAUGCCGUUGCGCAAGCGCGAGCAAUUUUGAUGUGAGCCUGGAAGGCAUCUCAAGCCUGUGUACCUCCAAGGGCGGAGAGAUCGAGAGUGCAGGCUUGUGCAUCAAGGUGCCCUCAAGAUUCACCAACGACGAGUGCACCAAGGUCGAAGCCGGGGCUAAGGGCGACUGUAUCGUCGACACCACCUCCGGCGGGUCCACCAGCUCAGUGUCAUCGCCCGCCGCCACGGCACAAGCUACUCCUAAGCCUAGAGCUGUCGAUCCUCAAGCUUGGGUGGCCUAGAUCAUCAGGAGGACGGGUUGUUGCCGAUGAGGGCUUGCAGGGUAUAUCUGUGAUUUUGUCAAAAGUCGUCCGGGUCCUUGAAUUUAGUAGCGCUUAUCUAGGAUACCACUAUGAAUCAAUUUUGAUCUUACCUACAUCCACAUGACUCGGCCUCUUUUCAAAUCUGCCAUAUGAAACGGUACUGCCCACGAGGCCCCGUGGAACUUGCUUGCUGGGAAUUUACAUGUGUUUCUUGAAUUUAUCUAUCAAAUGCUUGAGUUGAGGUUCGCUCCCGUGGGAGUUGAGCCGAGUACAUGUCAACGAUUAUGGUGGAACAAGAACAAGGCAAAGUGAAGAAAGUCCGCCGUUAAACUAAUUUGAAAGUUCGAUUUAUCUCUACGUUGGACAGUUAUUUGGGUCUCAGUCAGGCAUCA